CCUUUCUAAAUCAUUUUUCAUGUUUAAAUUCCAACCUGAAACAAAUUACAACAUCAAGAAAUCUUGAAAAUCUUUUAACAAGAAAGAUGAAGCUCCUGCUGGUGGUUUUAGCUACCCUUCUUUCGGGUUUCAUCCACGGCUAUGAUUGCAAGAUUGUUCAGUUCAUCUUCGGGGACUCCUUAUCAGAUAACGGAAACAACAAUCGCCUUACCAAGAGCUUUGCUCAGGCAGCAUUGCCUUGGUACGGUAUCGAUUUUGGUAGCGGAAUCCCUAACGGCCGCUUCACCAAUGGCCGAACCGUGGCUGAUAUUAUAGGUGAUAAGACAGGGGUUCCACGACCACCGCCUUUUCUUGAUCCAUCGUUAUCAGAAGACGUCAUACUCGCAAACGGAGUGAAUUUCGCAUCGGGAGGUGGCGGGAUCUUGAACGAAACUGGUGGUUUAUUUAUUCAAAGAUUCUCAUUAUACAAGCAAAUCGAGUUAUUCAAUGGAGUUCAAAGGUUGAUAAGAGGGACAAUCGGUGAUGAAAAAGCAAACAAAUUCUUCCAAGAAGCCAAAUAUGUGGUGGCCUUGGGUAGCAAUGAUUUCAUCAACAAUUACCUCAUGCCCGUUUACGCUGAUUCUUGGACGUAUAACGAUGAUACCUUCAUCUCCUACCUAAUGGAAACUCUCCGUGCUCAACUUAUGGUAUUGCACGGGAUGGGGGCAAGACAGUUGAUGGUGUUCGGAUUAGGGCCAAUGGGUUGCAUCCCUCUUCAAAGGGUUUUGAGUACUUCGGGCGGGUGUCAAGAAAAAACAAACACGCUUGCUCUUAACUUCAACAAAGCCACUGCAAAACUGAUGGAUGAGUUAUCUGCAAAGCUUCCAAAUGCGAGUUACCAAUUUGGAGAUGCGUAUGAUGUGGUUAAUAAUGUAAUCACCAAUCCCAAAAAAUACGGAUUUGACAACGCUGAUUCACCGUGUUGCUCGUUUGGAAGGAUUAGACCGGCUUUGACGUGUAUACCGGCUUCGAGAUUAUGCAAAGAUAGAAGCAAAUAUCUGUUUUGGGAUGAAUACCAUCCAUCGGAUCGUGCAAACGAGUUGAUUGCCGAUGAACUUAUUAGAAAACUAAGGUUUAAACCUGUAAAUAAAACCAAUUAAUAGCUUCUGCUUCUGCUUCUGGUGAUGAGUGAUGAUUCUUGUUUUCGUAAUAUAUAUUACUCUUUCUAGUCUUUAACUUAUUAAAGUUUUC